CUUCUUCACCUAAAUUUCAGCUCCCUUGCUAUCUCCGUCUCAAGGACAACGACCACAACGACUCACUAACCACGGAUUGAUAUUCGGUUCCGUGACCGCUAUACGAAGAAGUUAAAUUGUCUUUUGAUUCUUUACACGCGGCUCUUCGGCAAGAAUAGAACAGCAAGCUUCAUUGGCGUCAUAUCAGCGCUCCACCAUCGCUGUAAGACCGUGAAAAUUCCAUUCUCUAUAUGCCGACUAGUAUGGGACAAGACUUUGCGCACGUCGGGCGAUAUGUUUUUAUCACGAAAACAGACACCUCCGUGGAGACUAUGGAAGUCCCAGACCAUAUAAGAACGACAGGCAAUGGAAGGGAAACCAUAAGUCAACUAGAACUUACCCCUACCCGAAUCACUUCAGAAUGUUUGCUCGUCUCUCAGCUUUCACUCUUGCCGUCUUGGCUCUCCCAAUCCUUGCGUCCGCCACCGCGCUUCCCCGAGGAGGCUCUGGGACCUGCUCUUCGGGUACCCUAGAGUGCUGCAAAUCUGUCCAGGACCCUUCGUCCGACCCUGUUCAGUCUGCCUUGGCUGCCUUGACAGCGCUCGGUGUGGGCCUUGGAGACAUCACCGCUGACGUUGGGCUCGAAUGUGACCCUAUCACCGUCAUUGGUGCUGGAACCAAUCAGUGCUCUAGCCAGGCUGCCUGCUGUACAGGUGAGAAUUACAAUGGACUUGCUGUUCUCGGCUGUAUCCCCGUCAACGUUGGCGUUUGAACUAGUUUAUUUCUCUUUACCUUGUGUCUCUGGGUAUUUUU